AUGGUCACCCAGUCCCAACACAACUCUCUCGAAUCUCUCCCGGUCGAGCUCAUCGCCGACACCCUCAGCGAGCUCGACCUCUCGUCGCUCGUGACGGUGUCGAACCUGUCCCAGCGCCUGCGCGGAGUGUCCUCCGACCCCUCGCUGAACCCGUGGCGGCGCCCGAUCCUGCGCACGCUCCGCGACCCCAACAGCGAGUAUGACCCGAGCCUGAAGCACCUGAGCGUGCGGUCGACUGUGCCGAGGCAGAACUUUAUUGAGGUGUUGAGCCUCGCGAGCGCGCGGUACCUCCUGUAUGAGGCCUCCCUGCCGAACUUGCGCGAUAGUGAGUGGGAGGAGUGUUUCCGGAGGAGGUUUUUGCCGGGCUGGGAGAAGAUCAGGAAGGACGGCCCGUGGAAGGAGGCGUUCUUGAAGUCCCUAUAUCGGGUUUGGCACCGGACUGGCACGGCGUGCACCGUGGAUGAAGCGUGGACAAAGUACAUUGUCCUCAACAAGAACGGCACGGCGAAUGAAGUCGACAGCACCGCCCGGAACUUUGAUCCCCUUCACGUGUUUGAGGAGAUGAGAUUUCAGAACGAUCUAUUGCACUUGCAGCCCAGCAUAAGAGUGUUAUGUGAAUUCACCGAUGUCCGCAUGCUGGCGAUAGGAGUGUUGCACACACCGAGAGCGUCCUUCGGCCUGAACAAUAAUGCGCGAGCAUUAUUGCACCCACCAGGAAUUGAGAAAGACGCAGCAGUCGACCCGGAUUCAGACAGCUCAUCUCAGUCAGAAAGUGAAUCUGGCCAUACAAACGAACGGCCGAUUUACAUGAGGAAGGUGAACGGGAGAGGUGUGAAUGGGAUAUACCGCCAACUCACACAUCCGUCGCCAGCUCCAUCUCACAAGAAUUAUCCUUUCUACACACCGGGCGGCAAAGAUAACCGCUGGAUGGGCACCGGAGAUCUCGAAGAAACAGGUCAACAGUGGGUCGGCAGCAUGAUGAUCAUCGCGCAAUAUAUCGACCCGCAUACAAAAGAGGCCUUUGGAGCGGUGGAUGCCGUGCCGCCAUUACAAGACAGGGCGCUCGUAGAAGGCCUGGGGCCAAAUCAUUACACGUCGUUGACGUUCGCUGAUCUGAACGCGAUAGCGCCAUGGCUCGAGACGACGAAGCAGAUCGAGGGGCCUGGCCUCGGCCAUGCUGAUUGA